AAAGUGAAACUAACCCGGAAGUUGAUGGCAACUUGACAACCAGUAAACAAACCUUUUGUCGUUUUAUUCCAGUUUCUGUGGGCAAAUACUUCCAGCUCUAGUCAGAUAUCAUCCCGAAAUAAAUAUGGACGUGGAACGGAAGCCUCGCGUUGUCUUCAUGACAACACUGGACCGUGAGAUGUUCCCCUCAUCAAUGCCUUACAACAGAUUUGGUAACGAGAUAGCACCUUUAAGAGGAGCGCCACACAGAGGACCAGGCUGCUACAACAACGAAGAGGUCAGCAAUUUCAAAUAUAUAGCAGAUCACAAAAUCACCAGUACAAAGGGUUACUCACUGGGUGCAAGGACAGCAGAGAGAUUAAAAAAAAUUGACCAGGGUGUACCAGCUGCACCAACUUAUCAGACAACGUGCACAGAUCCAAAGGUUUUCUCACCAGCCUUUAAACCAUUCUCUAAUGGAGCAAUGAGGUUUCCAGAAUACAAACGAGAUCUGGUUGUCUUACCUGGACCUGGAACUUACGAACACAACAUCAAGUGCAACCGACAAGUUAAAUGGCAUGAUUCAUUCGGUGGGGCCCCCAUCAAUCUACCACAAGUACAGAUACAGAGUACGAUAGACAAGAACACCGAUAAGCUCUUCAGUACCAAAGAGGAGAAAAAGUACCACAGGAAAUUAGCAUACCUCAAGCUUUACUAUGACUGAACCAAACACUAAAACUUUAUAAACUGUGAUAUGAACUUAUAAGCUGUGCAAUGCACUGCCAUACAGGGUGUAGAAACAAAAUAAUCAAUGAAACCAUAAGUUCUGUUUUUAAUUGAAAAACAUACUGCAACUGCUGUAUCUAAUUUCUUUGAUGCGUAUCUCAGAUUGCAAAUUUACUACUGCUUUGUGCUUUUUCUCUUGAUGUUUUCUCAGUUUAUGACAAAUUUACCGAGACUGCUGUAUUUCUAUGCUUCUUUUUUACAAUCUGUUGAUCAUCAUGAUAUGCAAGGAAACUAUUUUUCCAACAUUACUCAUGAUGUACUGUAAACUUUCCAAUGGAAAACAUAAUGUUCACUUGGUCUACGCCCUAUUGACAAAAACAAUCAUGUACAACAUUCCAAAACCAUUUGUGAUGAUCCUUUAUACAAUCUACAAUGUACAUGUUCAUGUACAAGUUCGGACACAAUAUCUGCUGAUAUAAGUUAUCUACUUCACUUGUGUUAUGUUUAUAAUAUACAUCUCCUGUUCUUCCAAAAGAGACAAAUAGGAUCACCUUCCUGAUCACAUUCAAGGCUGAAGGCUGUCCUGGGGUCGUUGAAAUGCAAGCUUUUUGUCUUAAGCUAUCGUUUGCACUACAUUCCGUCCAGAAUUUUCUUAUGUAAAUAAUCAUAUAUGUUUUGUGACUUUGUUUAUAAAAUCAUGUUGUUGAUAUGUGAAUAAACAUUAGCUUUAAGAAAACAGAACUU